AAAAGCAAAGAAACAGAAAAUCGAAAUCCAACAACAGCAUUUUUAUUUCAAUCAUCUUCGACUUUAACCGACCGACCGUAAAAACACAAAGUCAUUGCACUAAAAAUAUUAAAACAACAACAACAACACAUGAUAACAAGUUUUUGCCAAACACCGACUAAGUAAAAGAAAAUAGUAAUCUUAUUGUAAAUUUUUACAAAAUUUCUUUUGUUUAUUUUUGGGAUUCUCUAACAUCUUCUAUUUCGUGUCUGUGCAAAAAAAUCACACAAACAAAUCAUGUUAAAACGUAUAAAUGUUUGAUACCCAUUCUGUUUAUAUUUGCUUCGUUCAAUUUUUCUUUCAUUGUUUGUAAAUACAUUUUUUUCUGAGUUCGGUGUACGCAUUGUUUAUUUAUAAAAAAACGAGUAAAAACAUACAUUUGGUUUGUUGCUGCGUUCAUUCGCCUUUAUGUUGUUGACUUUUUGAAUACAAAGAAACUUGAUUUAAAUUUACAUGACUGUGCUCUUUGCAACUUUAAAAGCACAAAAAUAAAAAAGUGACAAAAUAAAACAGAGAGUGAAUUAAUAAUUUGUUUUCGGAAAAUGUAUCUGCUGGUUUUUUGAAUUUGUGGAUCUCGUUUUUUUUUUGCCAGAAACUUUGUCUUUUGUUUUAAUAACAACUUCUCCACUGCUGCUGUGUGCGUCGCUGUUAACGCUGCAGUCAUCAUAAUAAUUUUAUUUUACACCGUCUGUUUUUCAUGCAUCAGUCUUUAAUCGAAUACACAAUACAAAAACAGCUGUGUGGGGUAUUAAAACAACAGCAAACUAGUGUGGAAAGGAGUAGAGAAGAAAACGAAAAACAAAAAAAAAAAUAACAAAAGAAAAGAAACAAACAAAAAUUCACAGUAAAAGAAGAAGAAUAUAUACGAAUCCCCCAUUUAACAAAACAACAGCACUCACUCGCUCAUUACUUUACAUUUAUCCGGUUUAAAACAACCUAAAAUACAACAACACAAAAAGGACGGUAAUAUUACAAUAAUAAUAAUAAUAACAAAAACAACAAGAAAAAAGAACAAAAUCGUGGAAAAAACAACAUACAAAAAUAUCAAGUCGCGUUGUACGGGAGUGUUAAAAAUUUGCAAAUUUAAACAAAUAUAUUACAAAAACAAAAAUCCCUUCAAUGUCUGCAAAUAAAGAAAAAAAUAAAUAAUUUGUAAAUACAUACUACUUUUAACAACAAGAAAUACAAGGAAAAAUAAACCCUCCUGAUCCUCUGUAUCAAAAUUAUCUGAUAACAAUGGUUAAUAAUCGUAAUAAUAACAACAAUAAUAAUCAGGCUGCUGCUGCUGGUGGUGGUGAUCAUGUACAGAAUCGCCGUAAUGCCGCAAAUCCACCGGAUGGUGGAGCAGCCGUUGAUUGGGUUCAAGAGGAUUUAGAACGUUUUAGUUUCGAUGACUCUGAUCGUUUCGAAGAGGAUUCUUUAUGUAGUUGGAGUUCAGAACCCGAAUCAUUGUAUAAUAAUUGGCGUGGCUGGAAGAAAGCAUCAAAUUUUGGCUUAGGAAAUAAUGCGGCUUCAUCAGCUGGAGCAUCAGGUGGCGAUAAUCCCACAGACGCAAGAGGGCAUAAUAGUUUCGAAGUCUCAACACUCACAGAAUUGGCGGCCAAAUGUGUUGCCUCCUUUAUACCCUUUGAAUUGGUGGAGCAUGUCUAUCCACCCGUACCGGAACAACUGCAAUUGCGUAUUGCAUUUUGGAGUUUUCCGGACAAUGAAGAAGACAUACGUUUAUAUUCAUGUCUAGCAAAUAGUUCAUCAGAUGAGUUUAAUCGUGGUGAUCAAUUAUUCAAAACAGGAGCCGUUAAGGAACCCCUACAAAUAGGUUUUCAUUUAUCCGCUACGGUAGUGUGUCCAACACCAAGCCAGAAUUAUAAUGUGGCCGUUACAUUUGAUCGUCGACGCAUAUCGUCAUGUAAUUGUACAUGCAAUUCAUCGGCAUACUGGUGUUCACACGUUGUGGCCGUUUGUUUACAUCGAAUACAUUGUGCUUUGGAGGUGUGUUUAAGGGCUCCUGUUUCCGAAUCAUUGACUCGUUUGCAACGCGAUCAAUUGCAAAAGUUUGCUCAGUAUUUAAUUAGCGAACUGCCACAACAAAUUCUGCCCACAGCUCAACGUUUAUUGGAUGAAUUAUUAAGUGAGCAGCCAACUGCCAUAAAUACAGUUUGCGGCGCUCCCGAUCCCACGGCAGGUGCAUCCAUAAAUGAUCAAACCAAUUGGUAUUUGGAUGAGAAGACAUUGCAUGAGAAUAUUAAGAGGAUAUUAAUAAAAUUUGUUAUGCCGGCACCCAUGGUUUACAGUGAUGUAAAUUACUUAACAAAUUCCGCCCCACCGGCUGCCACAGAAUGGAGUUCACUUUUACGACCGUUGCGUGGUCGAGAACCCGAAGGUAUGUGGAAUUUACUCUCCAUAGUACGUGAAAUGUAUCGUCGUUGCGAUCGUAAUGCUGUGCGGCUCUUAGAAAUCAUCACCGAACAAUGUAUGGCUUGCGAUCAGCUAUUGUUGUGGUGGUAUCAGACCAAACUCUCUUUAAUGAUGGGUUCUCAUGGUCACAGUGGUGGUAAACAUUCUAGCACACAUACCAAUUCAAAAGCAAUUGAGCAUGCCUGUUCAUCUCUAUUCGAUGAGAUAGUAGUACUGUGGCGUUUGGCUGCUCUAAAUCCCGGCUUGGCACCAGACGAACGCGACAUGUUGCAUGCCCAGUUUACAGCCUGGCAUUUGAAAAUCUUGGAUCGGGUAGUUAAAUGUCGCAUAAUGCCCUCUUAUAAUAAUAAACAUCAGCAGAAUAUGAGAUCGGAUGCAGAGAUGUUUGUGGGUUUUAAGCCGGCCAUUGAGGCCUGUUAUUUAGAUUGGGAAGAGUAUCCCAUAGCUGGCAUAACACAUACACAUGAAACGAAUCCCAUUUACUACUCCCCCUUUACAUGUUUUAAGUUGGCAGAAAACAAGUGUGAAACCACAAAUGGUGGUCAGUUGAAUGCCACACAGGCUUUAAUGGCCAAUAAUAAACAUUAUAACUAUAUAAGCACAUCGUCGGAUCACAAUCAACACGGUAGCUUUAAACAGAGACUGGAGAGGCCCUUUCGGGAACGAUUUUAUAUAUCAUCUAGUAAUAAUUCCAGUAAUUCUUCGAGUGACAGUGUGCAUGCCCGUUUACAUCAAGGUCUUGAAGUGCCAGCAGUAGCAGCUUCUGGUUCGGGUAGUGCUGGAGGUAGUGGUUUACAGAAUGUAGCCAGCAGUUUAGAGCAUAAGGUCGCCACUGCAGCAGCUAGUGGCAACAGUUCUAUGGCCCUCGAGAAUCGACCUUCAACUUCGGCCCAGGCUCAAUCUACGUCCGCUUCAGUGGUAACAGCGCAAGAUUUACCUCGAGUACCUCUCGCUGGUCUGGUUAGUGUAGCUGCAGGUAAUGACGGCAAUCGUUCGAGUGCCAGCAGUGAGGGAUUUUGUGAAAACGAUGAUUUCGGUGGCGAUAGCAGUAGCAACAAUUUAUGCGCCUCUGACACUGAUGGUCGUAGUAUAAAUCCAGCCAAAUUUGCUAACAACAAACCAACAAUAUCCACCUUAUCCCAAUCGGAUUCUCAGCAAUCCUUCGAUGUCUCAUCUCCGGAUGGUUUAGAGGAUACAACUGGCAAAAUAGGAUUUUCUUUACCCACAACUCCAACAAACAAGGCUGCAAUUGUGGCUACUUUAUCCUCACAAUCAUCUUCUGAUUCCACCUCCUCCUCUUCCUCAGCAUCAUCGAACUCUUCAUCAUCCUCUCUAUUAAUAGCAGCGGGCUCGGAAACUCCAAACUUAGACAUGGUGAAACCUUUGAGUGUCAACGAUGCCAGACGUCUAUCAAAAGAUGAGUCGUUUUCCUCUUCGAGUGAUGAAUUUGUAUCGCAAGACAUUAAUAAUCGUCGAUCUAAUGAGGAUUCAACCCCUGUACCAAGCACAUCAGCGGCUGCUAGAGCGGCUUUAAUUAAGGCCAGCAGUAAUAGUAACAAAAUAGCGGUCACAAAUGAAACCCCUGCUGCCACCGGCGGUAAUGCUAGUGUUAGUGGUAGUAAAUCUGUGCCCUUGGCAACAGCAGCCAUACAACCUGCUGUAUACACGGGUCCUUCGACUUCGGCACAGGCCAAUGCAGCUUCAGUACCAACGACUGCAGAAAAACCUCACAUUUUUUCCAAUGUUCGUCCAUCGGAUGAUGCUUGGGAUAUUUUACUAGCCAGAGCUGAGGGUUUACAUGCCCAUGGUCAUGGCAGAGAAGCCUGCAUCUUGGCUGUUCGCCUGGCCGAGGAAAUGCUAGAUAAUCCACCCAAUUUAAUGAUGGAAAUGCCGCCGGCUCCGAAGAGAAAAGGAAAGAAUAAGAAUAUCAAUCCUAUAUCGCACCAUUUAACAGUCUUGGCAUCAGCAACGCUAACAAAAUGUGCUUUUCUAUGCACGGUAUUGUCGGAAAAUUCGGAACACUAUCACAUAGGUUUUCGCAUUUGUAUAUUUGCUUUGGAAAUGCCCAGACCACCGGCCUCAACGAAACCAUUGGAAGUUAAACUGGCCAACCAGGAGGCAGAUAUUUUAGCUCUACUCAAGAAAAUACCCAUAGAUGAACCGGAACUAGAGGUUAUUAGAGACAGAGCCGAAAGGUUACGCAACGGCACAUUUAAAUCGCGAGGAGAAGCUUUGUUGCCCAUCAAUUUAGCUUCGUACAUUUUUGAUGCUUUGGUUAUGCCUUCGGUGUCGAUGAAAGAUCAACGUAUACGCUCCAUGAGUAUUUAUAGACCCGUAACCGAUGAGAAUCUAGGUUUUGAGGCUGCCGUAGCAGCGCUGGGAUUGAAGGCGAAUGUUUCCGAGGCCGAACAUCCUUUAUUGUGUGAGGGUACACGGAGACAGAGGGGAGAAUUGGCUUUGACUCUGUUAUACUUUUACAAAGAUGAACCUCAUAAAAUCGCUAAGAUUAUGGAGAAACUGUUGGACCGGGAAAUACAUACUCUCCUUAAGACCCAACUACUGCCGACAUAUUAUUCGAAUAAUCCUCCUGUAAGAACACCAGCCAAUUCUACGAAUCGACAAAACGAGGAUUACAAUAAUAGACAUGGUUUGCAUGGUACAGUCCACAAUGCAGCUGGCAAUAUGGAAAUGUUUCCACCAGAUUAUGCCUCUGUCGGAGGCAACAGUAGACCUACCAGUUCGACCAGUGCCGAAUUAGAAAUUAAUAUGGCAGGCAUGAAUAUCUCCUCACCAGCCAACCCCUCUCACUUAACACAGUCGCAAAAUAAUCAAGGUAUACCCUCGAAUGUGGCAAUGGGAUCCCAGCAAACUACCACUACACGUGUCAAGGAUUUAAGAUAUAAAGGAAAACGGGCCUAUCCCUCUAUACCCAAUCAACCCUCAGAAGCCAGUGCACACUUUAUGUUUGAACUGGCCAAGACGGUGUUAGUUAAGGCGGGAGGAAAUAGUUCAACAUCUUUGUUCACUCAAGCUACUGCCAAUCACAACCACCAUGGUCCACAUCGUGGCCUGCACAUGUGCGCCUUUCAAUUGGGUCUUUAUGCACUGGGUUUACACAAUUGUGUCAGUCCCAAUUGGUUGUCACGUACUUAUUCUUCUCAUGUCUCAUGGAUUAUUGGCCAGGCCAUGGAAAUCGGUGCACCGGCCAUUAGUUUCUUAAUAGAUACUUGGGAAGGACAUUUAACACCACCCGAAGCUGCCAAUAUGGCCGAUAGAGCAUCUCGUGGCUGGGAUAGUAAUUAUCCAGCUGCUGAGCUGGCCCUUUCGGUGCUACCACAUGCUGCCGCUUUAAAUCCCAAUGAGAUCCAGAGAGCCAUACUUCAGUGUAAAGAACAAAGUGACUAUAUGCUGGAAAGAGCCUGCAUUACCGUGGAAAAUGCUGCGAAAGGCGGAGGUGUCUAUCCGGAAGUACUAUUUCAGGUGGCACGCUACUGGUACGAAUUGUAUAUGCGCAAUACUCCCAACAGUGGAGAACAUGAGCAUGAUGAUCAUUUGGAUCAUUCGGCCGCUGUUAGUUUAUCGGCCCUUAUAGAAUCUCAUCAGCAUCAUGAAAUGCAAAUGCAACAGGCGGCUGCUCAACAACAAGCUGCUGCAAAUCAACAAGCUAUGGUGGGACCUCCCUUACAAGGACCACCUGGUGGACCUGGAGGACCCCAACAGCCUGGUCAGGUGGUGGUGACAACAGCACCUCCUGCAUUUCAACAGCAGGUGCCAACAUUGGCUCCUGUCGGCUUAUCGCCCUAUAAUCCUUAUGGCUUUUGUCAAGGUAUUUAUCACCACAAUCUACAGUAUCCGACCAAUCAAAUACCCAUGUAUUUGCCACAAGGACCACCGCCCGGGCCACCACCACCACAAGCAUAUCCGGGUUAUCCUCCACCGCAGCAAGCACCCGGAGGACCCAACAACCAAGCGCCCAAUGGUGCCAACGCCCCUCCACAGGCCUACGUACAUCCGGCUCAACAGGGCGGAUCAUUUCCCCAAAUGCCACCUCAGGCUGCUUACCAAGCAGCCGCCAUGCAAUGUGGACCACCACCAACAGCAUUUGUGCCACCACCACCACAAGGUCCUCCCGUCCCAGCAACUGGACCACCACAAAUGCCACAGCCACCAAGCAUGCAAGCAGCUGCAGCGGCUGUCUAUUACGGACAACAAGGACCACCACCUGCGCAGCACCCGGCUGCCCAACAAGCUGCAAUGGCUGCUAUGGCUCAUCAACAAAUGCGUGCCAAUCAGCAGCAACAACAGCAAGUGUAUCCAUUUGUGCAAGUACCGCAGCAACAGCCUCAGCAGCAAAUGCAACAUCAGCAACCACCACACAAUAUGGGUCAUGCUGGGCAACACCAUCAGCAGAUGCAACCGCCACCACAACAACAACAGCAGCAGCAAGCAAACCGUCAAAGACAUCCUCAUCAGUUUACACCCGCUCAAUUACGCUAUUUAUUGGCCGCCUACAAUGUUGGCAUGUUAGCCAUGGAAACUUUAGCAAGACGAGUUCACGAUGAUCGCCCACAAGCAAAAUAUGCCCGCAAUCCACCCUACGGCGAAGAUGUUAAAUGGCUUUUAAGAAUAUCCAAGAAAUUGGGUUCGCAGUAUCUGCAUCAAUUCUGUGUUUGUGCUGUCAACUCAAUAGUUAGUCCGUUCGUAUUGCAUGAUGUGGCCAUUGAAUCGGCUCACUAUUUGGGCCGUAAUAAUCAUCAGUUGGUCAUGCAACAUUUAAGAUCGGCUCUAACGCCUCUGGUGCAGAAAUGUCAACAAAUGUAUAUUCAAUGUAUCCAUCAGAAAUUAUAUCAUUUGACACCAGCCGAUUAUGAAGAUUUCGCUAGUAUUAUUGUGGCGGCUCGUGCUGCAUUCCAAAUAACACCCGAAGGAAGUGCUCAGUUUAAGGAUUGGUUGCAAUCCAUUAAAAGAUCAAAAUCAUGCAAAAAAGAGUUGUGGACACAAAUAAAUGCCGCCCUCCAAAGCAAUGCUAAAUGACAAAGACUUGAUUCACAUAGUUUGACCACAGUAGCAUCAGCAGUAGUAGGAACAUCAGGAGGAACAGUCGCAGCGGCAGCUACAACAACAGCCGCAUCAGCAGCUGCAGCAAGUUCUUCAACAUCAUCAGCAACCAUGUUAGCAGUUAAUGCAGCAGCAGUAGCAAAUGCAGCUGCAACAAGUACAAGCAAUAAUGUAGCUGGACCAACGACAUCAUCCGCAACAACAGCAUCAAUAACAAAUCCUGCCACCAACAAUAGCAACAACAACAACAACGUAAACAACGCAAAUAGCAAUCCGUCAAAUGUAGUAGUACUCUUUGAAGGGCCGUCAUGUAGUAAAAAUAUCAUAAAUACAACUGGGACAGAGGCAACACAACGUAAUUUAACGUCACCACUUUCAACAACAUCGGUUUCAUCGGCAAUUUCAGCAACACCUACUACAACAUCCGCAGCCUCAUCACUGACCUCUUCAACUGGUUCGUUUUCUUAUGGGUAUGUCAGCCAGCAACAGAUAGAUACAACAGCUGGAACAGUAGCAACAUCGUCGGCUUCCUCGUCCUCGGCAGCAACAUUGCAAGCACCACCAGGUCCAGGCCCAGGCAUUAGUAGUGUAGUUAAUAAAAAUGAUACAAAUACUGCAACAUCUGCAGUUGUGGCAACAGCUGCAACAACUAUGUUGUCCGAUGCAUAUCAUCAUCAACAAAUGCAAUUACAAUUGCAGCAACAAUUCGAACAACAUUAUCAGAUACAAAACUACUACCAUCAAGCCCAACAGCAGCAGCAAAUACAACAAUAUCAAGAUUUCUAUGACCAACAGAUGUAUUUACAACAGCAGCAGCAAACGCAGCAAAAUCAAUUAUUGUAUUCGAAUGAGCAACAGCGCCAUCUGUAUAAUGUGGCCGCUGUUGCAGCCGCAGCUGCUGCUGCCAAUGUUCGACCACAGCCUCCGCCUCCCCCACCACCAAUGCCAGCAGCAGCACCGCAACAAUCGCUGGUGUUAAUGGCUGGCAAUGCAACAGCAUCCGCAGCGUGUUUAACAAAUGUCUCAAAUGCAGCUGGUACUGCAACAACCACAAGCGCCAAUAACAACAACAACAAUAAUAAUAAUACAACAACAUUUACACCACAAACCAUUAAUUUCGUUAACGCCCCCAAUGGUGGCACAAUAGCAAUGGAUUUUCAAAAUUAUCACCACAAUCAUCAUCAUCAUCAUACACAAAUGCAUACAACAGUAACAACAAACACUACAAAUAUUGCUGCUGGUACAGCUUCUUCAUCAUCGACAUCAUCCGCGUCAGGCUCCUCAUCGUCACCAUCCUCAGCAUCAUCGGUAUCAUUAAAUCUACAACAACCAUCGUUUGUAACCACUCCUCCAGCUGUUGCUGUUGUUCAUCCUCCAUCAACAUCAUCACUUCAAACUGUAAAUCAACAUAAUCACCACCACCACCACCAUCAUCAGCUGCAGCAACAACAGCCGCAGCAGCAGCACCACCACCAACAACAACAUCAUCAUCAUCAGCAACAACAACAGCAGCAACAACAGCAUCAGCAUCAUCACCACCAACAACAACAACAGCAACAACAUCAAUAUCAUCAUUUGUCUCAACUCAGCCACUAUCAUCAGCAACUUUAACAACGUUUUUAUUACAUGUUCUUUGAAUUGUAAGAAUUAUUUCAAUUAUACAAAAAUUCUUUUAAUCUCCCUCCUCUGGUUCAUCUCCCUGAUUGUCGUCAUUUAUGUGCUUUGUAAACAUAGUUUUUUCUAAAAUCCAAGUAUGUACUACUGCUUAAUUUUCUACUGCAUCAUAUAUUUUUAUCAUUUCAUUUCAUUUAAUUUUUAAAAUAUUUGCAAUUUUUAAUCCUACAAUUAUUUCUUAUAAUCUCAAUGUAAUUUUUCUCCAGAUUAACAGGCUGUUUUUAUAAAAUCAAUGUAAUUCUAGAACACAAAGUAAUCCCUGCAAAUAAUAGCAAGGUAUCUUCUAAGAGGAUAUAAAGGCUUUGAAAAAGUUAUCAAAAUACAGCGGAAAAUGUUUUAGAAUUUGGUUAAGGAACUGUGUACAAAAUAUCUCAAAAUUUGUAUUUUUUCCUUGAAGAAAAAUUCCUACGAAUUUUAAAAUGAAAUAUUAUUUUGAUAUCCCUCAUAUGCCUUAAGUAUCUUAAAAUAUCUUCCUAUAUUCAUCCAAAUGUUUAUUUAUAUUCUAGGGGGCUAAUUCUCGCAUCCGUAAUCGAAAUAAAUUUCGAAUGCUUCUUAGCUUUCGAGUGAAAUAACUCGAACGAUUGAAUUAAGUAUUCCUUCAUUUAUGAAUGCCAUA